AUGAUGAGGACUCACUCCUUUCUGACAGUUUUGCUUUGGAGCUCUGUGUUUUAUGUGGUUCAUAUGACACCAUCCCAAAAAAGGACUAACAAGCACUCACACAGUGAAAGGAUAACAGGAUUGUCAGAGAAUGAUGGAAAAACACUGCACCGCACCAAGCGUGGUUGGAUGUGGAAUCAAUUUUUCUUGCUGGAGGAAUACACAGGUCCAGAUACUCAAUAUGUGGGCAAGCUACACACUGACCAAGAUAAAGGAGAUGGAAAUUUAAAAUACAUAUUAACAGGAGAUGGGGCUGGCAGUCUGUUCAUUAUAGAUGAAAAUACAGGAGAUAUUCAUGCUGCAAAGAAAUUGGACAGAGAAGAAAAGUCCCUGUACGUGCUACGUGCCAAGGCUAUAGACAGAAAAACUGGAAGACAAGUGGAGCCAGAGUCUGAAUUUAUCAUUAAAAUCCACGAUAUCAAUGACAAUGAACCAAAAUUCACCAAGGACACGUACACCGCCAGUAUUCCGGAGAUGUCUGGAGUUGGUACAUCUGUUAUUCAGGUGACAGCCACAGACGCUGAUGAUGCCAACUAUGGGAACAGUGCCAAAGUGGUGUACAGCAUCCUCCAGGGACAGCCAUAUUUCUCAGUGGAUCCAGAAACAGGCAUAAUCAAGACUGCUUUACCAGACAUGAGCAGAGAAAACAGGGAGCAAUACCAAGUGGUCAUCCAGGCAAAGGACAUGGGAGGCCAGAUGGGAGGACUAUCAGGGACCACCACCGUGAACAUCACUCUGACUGACGUCAAUGACAAUCCACCUCGCUUCCCCCAGAGCUCCUACCAGUUCAGCUCUCCUGAAUCUGCAGCACCUGGGACUCCUCUUGGCAGAAUUAAAGCCAAUGACCCCGAUGUGGGAGAAAAUGCAGAGAUUGAGUACAGCAUCUCCAGUGGGGAUGGAUCAGACAUGUUUGAUAUCAUCACUGACAAGGACACACAGGAAGGGAUUAUAACUGUCAAAAAGCAUCUGGAUUUUGAAAACAAGGUGUUAUAUACCCUAAAAGUAGAAGCAAGCAACACUCAUCCUGAUCCUCGUUUCCUUCAGCUGGGGCCAUUCAAAGACACGGCUUUUGUCAAAAUUUCUGUUGAAGACAUUGAUGAACCUCCAGUGUUCAGCAGACCCUGGUAUUUAAUAGAGGUAGAUGAAGAUGCCAAGGAAGGAAGCAUUAUUGGGCAAGUUGUAGCCCAAGACCCAGAUAUAGCAAAGAAUGCAAUAAAAUAUUCUGUAGAUCGACACACUGACCUUGACAGAAUAUUCAACAUCUAUUCAGGAAAUGGAUCCUUAUUCCUCUCGAAGCCACUUGACCGAGAAGAAACUCCCUGGCACAACAUCACUGUCAUAGCAACUGAAAUCAAUAAUCCUAAACAAAGUAGCCAGAUACCUGUCUUCAUACGGAUUUUAGACAUAAAUGAUCAUGCACCAGAGUUUGCCAACUACUAUGAAACAUUUGUUUGUGAAAAUGCAAAAGCAGGACAGCUCAUACAGACUGUGAGUGCAAUUGACAAAGACCAGCCUCCUCGAGGACACAAAUUUUUCUUUGAGUUGGUGCCAGAAUUUGCUGUUCAUCCAAACUUCUCUGUUGUAGACAACAAAGAUAACACAGCGGGAAUUAUGACCAGAAGGAAUGGAUACAGCCGCAGUAAGACGAGUACCUAUCUUCUGCCAAUCAUUAUAUUUGACAACGACUACCCGAUCCAGAGCAGCACGGGCACGCUGACCAUCCGGGUGUGUGCCUGUGACAGCCGGGGGAACAUGCAGUCCUGCAGUGCCGAGGCCCUGCUGCUCCCUGCCGGCCUCAGCACGGGGGCACUGGUGGCCAUUCUCCUCUGCAUCAUUAUCCUGCUGGUAUUAAUUGUCUUGUUUACGGCUCUCAAGAGACAGAGGAAGAAAGAACCCUUGAUCAUCUCAAAAGAUGAUGUUCGGGACAAUAUUGUGACGUACAAUGAUGAAGGAGGUGGGGAAGAAGACACCCAGGCUUUUGACAUUGGCACACUGAGAAAUCCAGAAGCAAGGGAGGAAAGUAAGAUAAGAAGAGAUGUUAUCCCAGAAACAAUAUUUCAGAUAAGGCGGACUGCCCCUCUUUGGGAAAACAUCGAUGUUCAAGAUUUUAUCCAUAGAAGGUUAAAGGAAAAUGAUUCAGACCCAGCUGCCCCUCCUUAUGAUUCAUUAGCAACAUAUGCUUACGAAGGAAAUGAUUCCAUAGCAAAUUCACUCAGCUCCCUGGAGUCACUUACCACAGAAGGCAACCAAGACUACGAUUACCUCAGUGACUGGGGACCUCGGUUUAAAAAACUCGCAGAUAUGUAUGGUGGAGAGGACAGUGAUCGAGACUGA